AUGGUAACAUCUAUGGAUGAAGAAUCUGAAGAACUUGAUUCGGUUUCGGAAUUAUCAACCUCAACAUCUAUGCAAUCUCAAGAAUUAAGUUCUUGUACUUCAAUGUGUACAUCAGAAAGGAAAAGCCCCGUUUGCUCAACAUCAAAGAAUCCUUUGUCUAAGUUCCAAAUACAGCCAUGCAUAGAUAAAGCAUUUCACAAAAUCGAAACGUACCGUGACGGUGGUAUGUUAGCGUUUAAGAUUACAAAUGGUAUCCUGUAUAUGAUUGCGAUAGAUAAACAGCCUUUUUCGAUGGUCAAAGAUGACGGAUUCAGGAAAUUUUUAAGUAUCGUGGCUCCUCUAUAUACUGUACCAUGUCGAAAAACUAUCACAAAGCGUCUAGAUGAAAAGUACGAGCUACUCAGUUCGAAAAUCAGAACUAUGCUUUCGAAGAUCGAUCAUCUUUGUUUAACAACAGACAUUUGGACAGAGCCGUUCAAUACUCGGAGUUAUAUCAGCAUAACUGUACAUUACAUCAAUUUCAAAAUUAUGCAACUAGAAAAUCUAUCUUUGGGGAUAAAGGAACUCGAAGAAAGCCAUGAUGGAAAUUAUAUAUCGAAAAUUAUAAGCGAAAUAUUAGAUGAGUGGCAUAUUCAAAUCAAUUCAGUAGUAGCUGUAAUUACAGACAACGCUUCUAACAUCAAAAAAGCGGUACGGGAUACGUUUGGACGCAAAAGACAUAUACCGUGUUUUGCUCAUACACUAAAUCUAGUUAUCCAAGACGCAAUCGCUACAACACCGGAAUUCCAGGCUAUAGUAAAAAAAGUAAAAAGUAUUGUUACAUACUUCAAACGCAGCGUUAAAGCGACAAAUGCACUUAACGAGUUGCAGACUUCUAAUCUUGAAAAUGACCAGAAUAUUUUAAAAUUAAAGCAGGGAUGCGAGACACACUGGAAUUCGCUUUUCUAUAUGAUUAAAAGAUUCAUUCAAUUAGCAAAUCUAGUGAAUACCGUAUUACUCACUCUUCCACGAAAAAAGCAUGAUGAUAUACCAGAGAUGACAACACACACCGAUCUACAAAUUUUGAAAGAUAUCUGUGCUAUUUUGCGUCCAGUUGAACGCGUCAUUAUGGAGAUAUCGGGCGAGUUGUAUGUCACUUGUAGUAAGAUCAUCCCUAUCAUUAAUUGUCUGAUAAGAACUUUGGAAAAACUCGACAUUACUCAUGAGAUUUCAGAACGCUUUCAUAAAAAUGUUUUACUACAACUCCAAAAUAGAUUUCGAGGAAAGGACUCAAACAUUGAAACAAACAGUUUUCUUUCUAUAUCUACUUUGUUGGAUCCACGCUUUAAGAAGCUGCACUUUAGCAGUUCAUUAGCGGUUUCUACAGCAAUAAGCAAGAUCUCCCAGUUAAUGAAAAAUAAUCAAAUAGAAACGCAAUGUAAUGUAGAAGAGAAUAUAAAUAUUCUUAGAAAAGAAGAUCUUUGGAACAUUCACGAUGAAUUAAUAGCUUCUUCAUCAUUAAAUUCUGACGAGCCUGGUGGCAUACCAGUCGAACUUCGACAAUUUCUUAAUGCUAAUGUCGUUAGCAGAAGUGAGGAUCCAUUCAAAAUUUGGCAAAAAUUGAAGGAUGUUUAUCCAAUGGUGUAUGAAGUUGCCAUGAAGUAUUUUGUGAUUGUCGGAACAUCAGUUCCAUCUGAACGGUUGUUUAGUGCUGCCGGAAUUAUUAUCAGCAUGAAAAGAAGCAGAAUUAAGGGGAAAAGAGCGUCGCAGAUUAUAUUUUUAGGGUCUUUGCCUAAGAGAUAUUGGAAGUAG